UAUCUUCAUCGUGACAACAAACAACAAAGAAAUAAUCUCAGCACGAACUUUUAUAAUCUAAAGUUCAAAUAAAUAAUUGAAAAUGUGUCCAGAAGCAAUGAUAUUGAUAAUAGUUAUCACAAUAUGUGCCUCAUAUGUUGGUUCAUCAAAAAAUGAAACAGCGUUUAACAUAAAAGAUAACGACAUAGAUAACAACACAAAAGCUACAGAGGUGUCGCCAAAUAAAAAUGUUACAAUAAGUACAACACCAGAAUAUGAUGCUCUGGAAAUCAAAGAUAACAAUACAAUUGGGAUGUACAAUUUGACAACUCGUGUUGAGGAUGUGAGAAAUAGUUAUUUUAAAAGCUUAAGAAACAACUUUGCAAUAGUGAAUGACAGCUUUACUAAUGAAUCAAAUCAAAUUGGAAAGAUAUCAAACCAAAGCAUCAAUACUAAAGUUGAAGAGAUAAAUACAAGAAAUUACAAUGAUAACGAUAUCAAGCAUGUUGAUAUAACAACAGUUACAAGUACGAUCCUUCUAAAAGAUUCGUCAAGACAAGAAGGAGACAAAGUGCCACAUGAUAGAAAAAAUGACGAACUUAGGGGUUUAAUGUUGGAAAAGACGAAAAUAAUGCUGCAGCACCAUCUACAAUUAGUACCUAUGGAAGAUAAACCAUUUGACUCACAGAUGUUACAGAGUCAACGUUAUAUGAUAAGUAUAUUAGUACCUGUUGGUGUUGGCUUGAUUGGUGCCAGUAUGAUUGUAUGCACGAUAGUAACGUUAAGAAAAGUUGCAAAUAAAAGAGUCGUUCACACGCCACUUGAUGAUGACGUUGAGGUUGAAAGGUCAUUUACAGCACACAUAUCAUGUAUCAGUGCAGAUACCAUGGAUAAAGUGUUUUUAUUGCAUACAGAUGAAAUUUGACAACGCCAAUUAUACUAACAUUCCAUCUGAUAUUAUCUGAUAUCAAUCUUUAAACGUUUUGUAAAAUAAUGGAAACUUGAAGUAACAUAUGCUUAACUGAAACACUUGUAUUGUGAGAAUUCCAGAUGCAUGACAGGAUUCAGUUAUAAACAAAUCGAAAUUGCAUGUUUUCUAGCAUCAGGUAUCACUCUUUGAUAAUUAAACUCAAUUAACUUUGAGACUUUUUUCUUGAAUAAAAUAUAGUAGCUUAAUGAUAAAAUGUUGGUUUUUAGGCGCAAUCCAAAACAUUUGCACGAAAGAACAAAAUUAAAAGAAAAACUUUCCUUAAUGAGUUUAGGUAAUGUUUUUUUUUAAGAUUACAUCUUCUAAGAGAAAUCACAGCUAAUUGCCAUAUAUGAAUCCAUUAUAAAACUUAUUGUGGCAUAAAAAUUGUUAGUGAAAAAUCACAUUAGAAUUAGCAAAUAACUAAUAAAGCAGGAAACAAGUUUUCCUCGUUUUUUUCCGCAUGACUAAUCGAUGUAGGAUGAUCUUUAAUAUCAAGUAUCAUUAGAAGCAAUUACAAACCUAAAAUGAUGAAUCUCUGUGUGUUAUAGAGAUCUAUAAAAUAACCUCAAAGGAAUAAAAUUUGUCAUAAAAACAUUUUUAAAUUCUAGGUUAUGAGAUUCUUUUAGUAUUGACAUUUGGAAUUUUGUAAGAUGAAAAAUACAGCCAUUAUAAAUAUGCAGCUUGGAAGAAUUUUUUAAGUUUAGACACAGGAAACGUGAUUGCGAGAGAAUUUGUGUAAAAACGAAUGGGGAUAAAAACUUCUUAUUUUGAUCUUAUUUUGAAAAGAGCUAGUGCUGCAUGUCUUUCAUCAGUACAACGUGAAUGCAUUUAGAAUAAAAGAAAUAUUGUUUUCAACGUUUAUAUGCAACCAUUAUUUACUUUUUUUCUGGAAUAUUCAAUAACAGUUUUUAAAUAUUUCAUAAUAAUUUUAUUUAUCUUUAUAACAUUAUUUAACCUGAAUUCGGUUGCAUUUCUCUUACAAUGUAAAAAAUUUAGAAUUAUUAGAAAUCAAUUAACAAUAUGAAUCUGUAUUCGAUUUAACGUUUAUAUACUUAUAAUUUAUGUCAUAUGUAAAUUCUUGAUCAUAGAUAUUUAGAACAUAAACUAGUUAUCUACUCACUUAUUUCCCUAAUGGUUAUUAAGGAAUAAUAAUGUGAAGUUCCUUCUGGUACAAAAUGAUAAACUAGGCACAUAUUAUUCAUGUCACAUACAGCCUUUUUAUAAAGAUCAUUUAGAUCACAAGGAUACUUUAUGGAAUAUACAUUUUUACCAUGACAAAACAAACAAUAUUGUUUUGAAUAAAGUUCAUUUGAAGUAGAUAUUCUUUGGAGAAUUUGUAUAAUAAGAGAACUGGAAAAUAUUCAAUGCGGGAGUUCAUGUCUUUUUCUUCUUCUUCUUAAUAUUGUCAUGGUUGAAUACAUUUAAAUAUCAAAGAUAAUUCACAUUUUUGUAACAACAAUGUAUGUAUUUUAAUAAUUGUACCUCUUGCUUAAAAUAAAGAGCAUCUGGCUUCGCUAAGAUACGACUUUGUUUUGAAGAUAUCUUGAUUUUAAUUUCUGUAUAUACAUGUAUGGACUUACAUAAGAUUUGUAGUUUUAUCGUAAAUGCUUAAUGAGUUAUUUUCGAGUAAAACUAAAAUUAUAUGUUUGUUUAUUUUAAAAACCACGUCAGAACAUGUCAUUGUACCUGACUUUCCGCUUUCAUA